AUGGAGUUAGACAACCCUAAGCGUGUGUCUUCCAAAUCCGGCCAUGAGGCCCCCUAUGAUCCCGAGGUCGACAUGGCCAAGGGCCAGGUCGCCAUCACGGGCGUGCCUGAUGCGCAUAUGAAGCGAAACUUCAGCAUUCUCAGUAUCAUCGCCAUGGGAUACAACAAUACCAAUAGCUGGGUGGCGAUAGCAGCCAGCUUCUCCAUCGCCAUUCAGUCGGGCGGCUCAGUCUCGCUGUUGUAUGGCAUUAUCGUAGUCUUCUUUGCUAUGCUCUGCACGGGCAUUACCUUGGCCGAGCUGGCGAGUGUCUACCCUACCGCCGGCGGGCAGUAUCAUUUCACCUCAAUCCUGGCUUCGAACCGGUGGAGUAAAGUCCUCUCAUACUCGAGUGGCAUCGCCGCCCUGUUUGCAUGGAUCACCCUUGGGGCUUCUAUCUGCUUGUCCACGACGAACGUGCUCAUGGCGAUUGUCAUCCGGUGGCAGCCCGAGUACGAAACCCAGAGCUGGCACUACUUCCUUGUGUAUCAGCUGCUUAACGCGAUCUUGGUUGUGUACAACAUCUUCCUUACCAACAAGACUCUGUGGGUGUAUAAUCUGGGUUUCCUCCUUUCUAUCUCAACUUUUCUUGCCCUGACCAUCACCUGCCCUGCACGCUCCUCUGCACACGUCAGCUCAUCUCAUAUUUGGGGAGAAUUCGUCAAUGGGUCUGGCGGCUGGCCAGACGGCAUUUCGUUCCUUACGGGUCUCUCCACGCCUCAGUUCAUGUACUCGGGCCUUGACGCCACCCUCCACCUGGCCGAGGAGUGUCUUGAUCCGGAGCGCAUUGUACCCAAAGCCGUCAUUGUGACCGUGAUUGUCGGACUUUUCACCGCGUUUCCGUUUGCCAUUGCGGUUGUAUACAGCUAUAACGACAUCCAGGCCUCUCUCGACAGUCCCACAGGCUUCCCCAUCUUCUUCGUCUGGGAAAAAGCCACCCAGAGCCCCGUAGCCGCCACAAUCUUCAUGGCCGCCCUCUUCGUCGUCUCCCUCAUCGCCCUCAACGCCGUCCACCAAACCGCCUCGCGGCUGACCUGGUCCUUUGCCCGCGACGAAGCCCUCUUCUUCUCGCGUUAUCUAGCCAGAAUCCACCCUUCCCUCGGUGUACCCGUCUACGCUUUGAUUCUGGAUGGUGUUGCCGUUCUUCUCGUUGGUAUUGUCUAUGUCUGCUCGACAACCGCAUUCAACGCCUUCAUCAGCACAACCGUCGUCGUCGCUCAAAUCUCCUACGCCAUCCCCGCGACCCUCCUCCUCUACCGCCGCCGAAGCCCCGACUACUUACCGCGGAACCGUCCCUUCAAGGUCCCCGGUCUGCUCGGAUAUCUGUCGAAUAUCAUCUGCGUUCUGUGGGCGAUCAUCAUCACGAUCUUCUUUACCUUUCCGAUGGAGUUUCCGGUCACGGGGGGAAAUAUGAACUACGCCUCCGUCGUCCUGGUCAUCAUGCUCAUCCUAGGGGUGGGGAAUUGGUACGCCUAUGCCCGACGUCACUAUCACGGGCCGAGACUGGAGAUGUGA